ACGAUACUUCCCAUGAUGCACUUGGGAACAUUCAACAUGGCGGCCCGAGCAACAGCUAAGUCUCUUAGACUCUUAGCAUCGUAUAAAGCGACUUGCUAUCGAUCCUAUAGCAGUAUUAGCUGUUCGUGGUGUGUUUCUCUUCAAAGAUGGCGGAUUCACACGCGCUUCAAUUCUGCAGCCUACAAUUCCACAUUGUCGGCUCCGCAGCCAGAUGAUGCAGUGAAGGAGUACCCUGAAAAGAUCACAAAUAUUGUAGAUGAAAUAUCAAAACUGACACUUAUAGAGGUUGCCGAUCUGAAUGAGUUACUGAAGAAAACGCUGAAAAUUGAGGGUGCUACCAUGAUGCCAAUGAUGGGUGGCAUGCCCAUGGCGGCUGCACCUGCUCAGGAGGAAGAAGCUGAGACAGAGAGGGCAGAACCAACAGAAUUUACAGUUAAAUUAACCCAGUUUGAUGCUGCAAGCAAAGUAAAGCUCAUAAAGGAAAUCAAGAAUCUUGUACCUGGACUUAACUUGGUUCAGGCCAAAAAAUUUGUCGAAUCUCUACCUCAGAAUGUGAAGGAGAAAGUAAGCAAAGAGGAAGCUGAUGAAAUGAAAAAGGUUUUAGAGGCAGUUGGAGGAACAGUUGAAAUAGGAGUUUGAAACAUUGUACAGUUAACAAAAUUUGGUAUUAAAAUUUACGUAGUUCUCACA